AUGAAAGCUGUCGUGCUCCGAGAAUAUGGCGGCCCGGAGAAGCUAGUCUACGAGGAGAUUCCGGAUCCCGUCCCGGCCGCGAAUGACGUUCUCAUCCGUGUCAUGGCCACAGCGCUAAAUCAUGUCGAUAUCGACGUGCGCAACGGCACCUCGGGCGUGGAGUCGAUCCAGAGACUCCCACACAUCCCCGGCGUGGAUGCGGUGGGGACCGUGCAGGCCAUUGGUUCCGACGUGACCCUCUGGAAGGUCGGCGACCGGGUCACGCCGCACUUUAUCCUGUCGUGUGGGAAGUGUGCAAACUGCCGCGGUGGGCGCGAGAAUAUCUGCACCGACUCGCAGAUCGUGGGCCUCACGCACUGGGGAGGAUAUGCCGAGUUGUUGUGCGUUCCCGAGCGCAACCUCGUGAGAAUACCGGACGGGGUUUCUUUCGAUGCUGCAGCGGCUGCCAUGACGCCCUUUGCCACGGCCUGGGAAGCCUUGGUCAUCACUGCGGGGAUCCGGGCUGGCGAGAAAGUGCUGAUAACCGGUGCCGGAGGUGGCGUGGCUAGCCACGCCGUUCAGGUGGCGGCGCUGGCCGGGGCAAGGGUGAUUGCGUGUGCUGGUGCCGACGAUAAACUGGAGAAGGUCAAGGCCCUGGGCGCGGAAGCAGUCAUCAACUACAAGAAGGAGUCGCUGGUAGACGGCGUCAUGAGAGUGACGGGCGGCCAGGGCGUGGACGUCGUGUUUGAUGGCAUCGGGGGCGACAUCCUCAAGUCAAGCAUCAAAUGUCUAGCCGAGGGCGGCCGCAUUGCAUCGAUAGGCGCCCAUGCUGGCGAGGUCGUGGACAUCGACAUGAUCGAGUUCUUCCGGAAGCAUCUCACCAUGUAUGGGUGUGGACGCUCGACCAAGGAGAUCGUGUCGAGGGUCCUCGAGCUGAUGGACGUCGGCAAGCUCAAGCCGGUUAUCUUCCGCGUGCUUCCUCUGGAGAAGGCGGCAGAGGCUCAGAUAUUGAUGGAAAGCCGGGAUUUCUUUGGCCGGAUUGUUCUCACAACAUCAUAG